ACAAAAAGGCGAUGAUAGAAAACGUACAAGCUCUCAUAGACUCAAAUUUGAUAUAUAUUUAAAACACAACUUUAGUGAAUAUUCGAAUAUAGACGAAAUAAAGCAAAAAACUCGAUAAUUUUUGUGCUUUUCAAAAAUGCAUCAUAUUAAAUAUAAAUAAAAAAAAAUUAAGUGCUAACUACGUAAAAUAAAAUAUGAUGCUAAAUCAAAAUGGCAGCUGAUAAUUAAGGCGUCUCUUUGAGAGAUGGAUAUUAUUGAACGAAAAAACAAAAACUGGUAAUAGGCCACCCUCAGUAUGUCAAACGACAACAGGACUUUCGACAACAAUAUGUUGGGUGCUCAUUGCAUUUUAGAGGGGGGUCGGCUUAAUACACCGGAUGUACCAAUGGACCAACAACAAUCAUCAUCAUCAUCAUCGCCGCUUAAAAACAACAUCAACAACAAUCAUCCCACUCAAGAAACGAUCUACACAACUGAAGAGCUUUUCACCAAGUUGCACGAAGCACUUUCAUUAGAGCCGAAAUUUCAACCAAGUCUAUACUUGCCCCAGGACUCUCAUGAUGGUGAAAUUACAAUUGGAACACGAGAUGGUGCUGCUCAUGUACUCCGUUGCCUUAAAGUGUGGUAUGAACUUUCCAACGAAGUUUUAUUUACUGCAAUAAAUUUAGUGGAUCGCUUCUUGACCAAGAUGAAAGUUCGACCAAAACACAUGGCAUGCAUUUCAGUCAGCUCGAUGCAUUUGGCUGUUAAGCAAUUAGGAUUACCGAUUAUUGAUCCAGAAGAUCUGGUUGCAAUUUCACAAUGUCGUUGUACAUCGCGUGAUUUGGAACGAAUGGCUGAUAUAAUUGCAAAUAAGCUUGGUGUACAAAUGAAAUCGACUCCUGUUACAGCUUUACAAUUUGUUCGUCUUUUUUACUACAUUUUCAAACAUGCGGCUGAUCAAUUACAAAUCAGUGAAUUCUAUAGCGCAAUUUCGUUAUCUGAUUUGGAAAUGCGGUUAGAAAUUUUGGCUUGUGAUGCAAGUUGCGCCAGCAUUCGAGCUUCUGAAUUAGCUUUGGUAUUGAUUUGUACUCAAAUGGAUGCACAAGUAUCGAAUCAAUCUACAGUCAAUCAACAAAUUCAUAACUUAGUUGAUUACGCUAUUGAAAUGCAGCGUCUAUGUAGAAUCCCCGACAGCAGUUUUUUCCAUAGCCAUAGUACUGUGGCAAAAAUAUUAUCGCAAUAUAAUGGGCAACACAAAAUGCCCUACAAGCAACGUUUGGUGUGGAAACUAUCAUCAAGAACUUUACGUGUCUUAAGACCUACUGACAAAUUGACCUCAUAUUUACCAACAAUUGAGGAGCACAAUGCUAUUAAUAACAACAACUUACGAUUUCGUACUGGAAGUGUUAGCUCAGAGGAUGGCGAAGAAGAUUGGCCAACAUCACCCGUAGUAGCAGUGUGUGAACAGUGUUAAA